GUUUGUGGGAGUCACAGACAUGGUCGUAUUUGUUUGCACAGAUCGGGUCAGAGGAGUCACAGUUGCAUCUUCAGCUCUUAUGACCUGAGCCUCACAGACGAGCCAUGGCCGAUGAGAAGAUGGAGAUGGCAGAAGUGGAGACGUCUCUCGUGACUUCAGGGUCAAAACCAGCUCCGGCCAGACCUCCUAACAAAUUCGAGAAGUUAUUUCAGCCCUGUCUGGGCGAGCUGGUGGGAACUACGUUCUUUGUCUUCAUCGGGUGCGUGUCCGUCAUAGAGAACGUGGAGUCCACGGGGAGGCUUCAGCCGGCACUGGUGCAUGGUUUGGCUGUGGCCGUCUUGGUGGCUUGCAUGGCUGAGAUCAGUGGUUCCCAUUUCAACCCUCCAUUCACCCUGGCCAUCUAUCUGUGUGGGGGCAUGGAGAUGAAUAUGGUGGCCCCCUACCUUGCAUGUCAGCUGGUCGGAGGGGUGCUUGGAGCUGCUAUGGCGAAGGGGAUGACCUCCGGUGACAACUACGCCAGGGCCCACGGGGCUGCGUUUGCCGUGCUGCAGUCCGACAGUCAGGUAGGAAAAGCUGUGUUUGGAGAGGUCGCCAUGACCUGCCUGAUCACCAUGGUGCUGCUGCUGGGGGCUGUGAACACCAAGACCAGAACCCCCCUGGUGCCUUUCUUGGUCGGCUGCACUGUCAUCAUCAACAUCUUGGCUGGUGGAGAUGUAUCCGGGACAUGCAUGAACCCAGCCAGAGCCUUCGGUCCAGCCAUAGUGAACAACUACUGGACCUAUCACUGGGUCUACUGGGUCGGACCGAUCGCAGGAGGCCUAAUAGCAGCUGUCCUGGUCCGCCUCCUUCUUGGAGACAGGAAGAUACGACUCAUUCUGAAAUGAGAUUGUGUGUACGUCAACAUCACUCAGAUCACGAGACGGCUUUAUAUAUUAUCAUAACCCCUUCUUCGAGAUGGUCUUAUACUUUUAUCACUACACAAUAAAAUGUGACUUUUUUUUAACACUGUGAAA